AUGUCCCAGGUGUCCUUGAACGCAGCCCGUGUGUGGCCUCAGCUGGGCUCGCUCACGUGCGCCCAGCCCGUAAAUAGCGCAGUUUCGGAUCGCACUGGAACGCACCACUCAGCGCCGUGUCUCUGUCUCUGUCUCUGCUCUCUCCAUCCACAUCCACACUCAUCUCCUCUCAACACAACACAACACCACCACGCCGACAUGGAUGCGCUCAGGUCGGCAGGACGCGCCAUCAUCCGCAGCCCCAGCAUGGCCAAGCAGUCGUGGACGUCGGGCAGACACAGAAAGCUGCCGGAGAACUGGACAGACACACGGGAGACCAUCCUGGAGGGCAUGAGCUUUAACCUGCGGCACCUGGGGAUGACCCUGGUUGACCAGCCCAAGGGUCAGGAGCUGUCAGCCGCCGCAGUAAAGAGGAUCGUGGCCACGGCCAAAGCCAGUGGCAAAAAGCCUCAAAAAGUCUGCCUCAAAAUCUCUCCAAACGGAAUCGCUGUGUACGACUGCGCCGCGGACAAGCUCCUGGAGAACGUCUCAAUAUACAGGAUAUCCUACUGCACCGUGGACAAGCUGCACGACAAAGUCUUCGCCUACAUCGCCCAAAAUACUCUGAACGGAACGCUGGAAUGUCACGCCUACCUCUGCUCCAAGCGGAAAGUGGCCCAGGCGGUCGCUCUGACAGUCGCACAAGCCUUCACAGUAGCGUUUGAACUCUGGCAAGUGGCUAAAGAAGAGAAAGGGAAGCGGGCCAAGUCUGGUUCGGCCGGCGAGUCCAGCAACAGUUGUCGUUCAGAGAGGUCCAACAGCCUGGGCAGUGUGAAGGGCACAGACGUUGCCACGGACAACCUGCUGGACUUUGACGAUCACAGACAUGAGACCAAUGGGAACGCAGAGGCGGAGCAGCUGGAUAACCAUCGGCCUCAGGAGAGCAACAACAACCCGCAAUGGGAGAUCGAGGACGGUUUGGACGAAGCUUUCUCCAGCCUGGCAGUGUCCCGUAGUAACCCCCAGGUCCUGGACAUUGGGGUGAUGCCCCAGGACUGGCUCACGCAGCCCGACUGGGACCAAGGCACCAACGCCAACAACCACAACUGCACGAGCCCGUUCGGAGACGACAUCUUUGCCUUCUGA